AGACGAUAUCGGAAAAGCUGACGGAGAAGAGUGAUGGAAAUGGACCAACUGCCGGAAGAAAUCCUUCACCGGAUCUUGUCCUUCCUUUCUUUCAGAGAAGCAGUUCAUUUCGGCGUCUUAGGAUCCAAGUAUCACGCUAUUUGGCGAUCAUUCCCCGCCCUGGAAGCCGAUUUCGACCCUAAACUUCAUCGCAAUCUCGACUUAUUCUUGCGUCUCAUUUACAACAAUCUUUACAAACGCACAACGAAUUCUCUUGAAAGGUUGGCGGUUCGCACUAAUUUUCAUUCCAUGUUCAAUCCCCUGGGACCUGAUUUGAUCUUUUUCGCUGCAUCCUUCAAUUUGCGAGAGCUUGAACUGACGAACACCGAUGUCGAAGUUCGUGAUAAUCAUAAAGAUGGAAGGCAUUACUCCAUCAUGGUGCCAGGAAGUAUUUUCCAUCUCAAAACCCUCACUAUUCUGAAAUUAGAUUGUUUCCGAUUCGAUACUCCGCAUAUCGUAUUAGAUAGUGUUUCCCCGUUGAAGGAACUGAAACUUUCAAGAAGCCUAGGGAUUCAAAGCUUUGCUUUGAAAGAGAACACGAAACUUCAAUCUCUCGAAGUUGAGUACUGCGAAGACCUGCGAUUGUUGGAUAUUGACGCACUGAAUCUUGAGAAUUUUGAUUUUCUAGGGCCGUUUUCGAUGUACAAAUGCGAAGUCGUUAUUUCUCCUGAUACUAGGGCUUUGAAAACUCUGAGAUUGAAACACGCGAAUGUUUCGAAAUCUCUCCUCCAAGAACCUACUCCUGGUAGCCAAAUUGUUGAGCAACUGUAUCUCAAAAUGAGCAAGACGACGGAACUCCACUGGAUCCAAUUGGAUUGGGCCAAUCUGAAAAGAUUGGAGUUCAUGGGAAUGCUACAGUUAGAAAAGAUCGAUUUAAUCUCUGAAAACCUUGAAUAUUGUAUUCUUGACAUGGCCUGGUCACCAUCAUGCCAGUUGAAUUUUGGUGAGCCGACUGGCAAAUUCCUCAGAUCUCUGUCAUUACUUUACUCGGAAAAGAUCACAGGACCUUGGGUUGAACAGCAUUUGGAUCGUUUCCGUUUGAUGGAAGAUUUCAGAGUUGAAGGAUGCUGUAAGUUGAAAUCCCUCAAGUUUAGGCAUGACAGGCUCAAGAACAUGAAGUUCUUAUACUGCAAUUACCUUGAUCGAUUGGAUAUUGAUACUCCAUUGCUAGAAUCUCUGGAAAUUGGUUACACCGACAGAGUUCCUUCACACACGGUGAUUCGUUCUAAACCUUUAAACGUUAAGAUCUCACUCUUUUUCCGUACCUCAAAGCCUGUUCCUCACGAGGAUUUGAAUCGAUUUCUUCUAACCUUCAACAGUUGCAAAGAGUUGACACUGGAUUUCAAGUCGAAUUUUGAGCAAUUGUUUCCUACAAAACUCAGAGAAGAUGUCACAUGGCUUACUCCAUUGUAUGAUGUGAAGAACUUGAAGAUCGACGUUCGGUUCGAGGACGAUCCGAAACAAAGCAUCAAAGCCUUCGGUAAUCUCUUGAAAUGUUUGUUCUGGCUUGUUCCGCUUCCAAAAUGCAUCACUUUUGUGACAUCAACGAAGGAGCAAUCCAUCAAGUUUGGAUACUGUGAAAUUGAUGAAGGGACGCAUCCAUGCUGCGUUUACUACCCAGAACAAUGCUGGAGACACAGAUUGGUAAGCGUUGAAUUGAGCAACUUUGAUAAUGAUCAUCCUAAAAGCAUUGCGAAGAAGAAGGAACUGCUGGGGUUCUUGAAACUGAAUGCUUCCAGGUUAAAGACCAUUCGUGAUGAUUGUGAUGAACUCCCUGAAUCAUCAUCAUCUGAACUCCCUGAAUCAUCGUCAUCUGAACUUCCUGAAUCAUCAGAAGUUAUGAACAUCUACAUCUCUGUUUGUGAUCAUGGCCGCUACAUCUUUUACAGCAGAUUAACAAGUUCUUCAGAUUUCUAG